GGCAUAAAGUACCAGAGUCUAGAUGAGCUGAUUUGGUUCCAAGGUCUAGGAAUUUGCCGGCAGUAUAAAUCCAAUUCUUCAGUAUUCCAUGGAUCAUCCCAUGUUGCUGAUGCACAACAGCAAAAAGCAAUCAUGAAGGUUAUCAUUGUCGGCGCAGGUCUAGGUGGGCUAUCAUGUGCAAUUGCUUGCUGCCGCGAAGGUCUUGAAGUAGAGAUCCUUGAAAGAUCCCUAGAAGUCGGCGAAGUGGGAGCAGGAAUCCAGAUCCCACCGAAUGGGACCAGAAUCAUGCGCGACUUCGGGCUCCUACCCCAACUGCUCGAGAGAGGGAGUCAAGUUCAGCAGGUUGAUUUUCGAAGGUACAAAGAUGGCAAUCUGUUGCGAACAAUGCCAUUUGGAGAGAACAUUACAGAUGAAUUCGGGGCACCAUGGAUUAUUAUUCAUCGAGUUGACUACCACCGUAUUCUCCUUGAUGAAGCACUUCGAUUAUGCGCUUCUCUUCAACUGGGAGCUGAAGCGACUCAUGUUUCUAUUGAAGAACCGUCGGUGACUCUUGCUGAUGGGAGGAUGGUAUCAGGGGAUGUUAUAAUCGGUGCUGAUGGCCAAAUGUCUACAAUUAGAAACACAGUUCUUGACGCUGAACAUACUCCAGUGCCUACGGGUGACAUGGCUUAUCGAGCGACCUUCUCCAGGAACCAGCUCGAGGCUCUGUGUGAUGACAAAGUCAACGCUCUCUGCCAGAAAAUUGCCGUCACAAGCUGGCUAGGACCAGAUAAGCACGCUAUUUUUUACCCUGUUCGUGGCGGGCAGGAAUUCAACCUUGUACUCCUUCGACCGGACAACUUGUCUACAGAUACCCGCAGAGAAGAUGGUGAUGUUGAGGAGAUGCAUGAAAGUUAUGCUGACUGGGAUGAAACCCUACAAAAACUAAUAUCUUGUGUACCAUCGGCCGUGAAGUGGAAGUUGACGUAUCUUUCUGAACUAAAGUCUUGGACAAAGGGAUCCGUUACUCUACUGGGAGAUGCAUGCCAUCCGACCCUGCCAUACCAAGCACAAGGAGCUGCUAUGGCAGUAGAAGACGGAGCAGUGGUUGGUAAACUUCUCGGCCUACUACAGACCCAUUAUCUGAACUCAACUAAAUUUGGAAACGACCAAUCUCUAUCACGAUUAUCAACACAAUACCUAAUAGCCGGUGUACUAGCGCUCUACGAAAAGAACCGCAAAUCACGUACCACACGAAAUGUUCGCGGGGCAGUGAUGAACCGAAAGCUUUUUCACAUGCAGGACGGCAUCUUACAAAAGAUUCGAGACUUUGUGUUAGGCUACACGGGGGUGACACGAAAGAGCGACUGGACAUGGUUUUCCUCUUUUCGACAGAGACAGACUCUUGGGCUUGAUGUGUUGCAAGACUGUGAAAAGGCUUUUGAAGAGUGGAAAUUGUCGAUCCAAGUAUGA